CUCAAAAUUCAUUCCCAUUUGCUUUUUUUUCACUAUAAAAUGAGGUCGGAUCAUUCUAAUCCUUUCAAUACCCCAUUACAAUUGUUACUUUGAUCUUCAACAAAUACCAAUGGCUUCCUCUUCUCAAAUCUCUAAGAAAUAUGAAUUUGAUUGUCAAUACCUCCAUUGUUUUUUCUCGAGCAAUGAUUUAAGCAACCAGCAAAAGAUUGUGAAGAUACUAACAAGUAAGAAUUUGGAAGAACUCAAGCUAAUUCAACAACUUUAUCGAUCUGUUUAUGGCGAAGAUCUUCUUAACUUGGUUAACAAUACACGGAAGAAAAAUGAAUUCGCAAGGGUUGUUUAUCUUCGAUUAAGUGAACCAAAUGCGCGAGACGCUGAGAUGCUAUGGAAUGCAGUUUUUGGUUCCGGUUCUGUAAAUCUCAGCACCGUCAUUGAGAUUUUGUGCUCUCGCCCUUCUCUGGAGCUUUACUCAGUUAAACAAGCUUAUCAUUAUGUGUACAACACCAAUCUCGAGCAUGAUCUUGCACUCAAAAUCAGUGGGAGUUUCAAAGAGAUUUUGGUUGCAGUUGCAAAGUCGAGUCGUUGUUAUAACGGCAAGGUUAGCACAAGCAUGGCAAUGUGUGAUUCAAAGACACUCUAUGAAGCAAUGGAGAGUGGAAGAUGCAUAGAUGAGAAGACUAUAAUUUCGAUAAUGAGCCAGAGAUCAACCGAACAACUGAAAUCUAUUUUCAUUUCAUACAAACAACUCUACGGCCAUGAAUUUUCAAAAUCACUUAAAUGUAACAAAUGUGGACAAUUCGGAAAGGAACUUCGAACUAUUGUCCGCAGCAUUCAGUAUCCUGACAAAUAUUUCGCGAAGAAGUUAAGAAAAUCGAGCAACAAUGAUGUUAGAGAAGUGCUUAUUCGCACCAUUAUUACACGACAUGGAAUCGAUAUUAAGGAUAUCAAUCAGGCUUAUGCUAGUAAGGCUGGUAAUACUCUUCAAAGCUUAUUAAGGAGGAAGUUUGAUGAUACAUUCAUGGCUCAAUUUCUAGUUGAACUUCUUAACUAACUUUUCGGGUUUUGGAUACUAUGUAUGGGGAUUAUAGUAAGCUUAAUUAGUAUGAUUAUGUUUUGGCAUGCUUAGGCAUAACCAAAUAAGAUUACAUCAUAUGUUAAUUUAAUAAUAUUUAUUAGAAAUAAAAA